GCAGCCAAGUGUACACUACUUCACAAUUCCUUACCAAAACUUGCUCAUAAAAAGCAAGAAAAAAUAUCAAACACUUGUCAUAAACCAAAACCAAAAAACACCCAAGAAACCAAUCUUCAUUUUGUUAUCCACAAAGUUUACUAUGGUUGUCUUGUCAAUACCAGCAGUUGAACAAUAUUCCAUAGUCAAGAAUUGUAAACCAUUCUCUUCAUUUUUCCCUAGUAAUAUUCCAAUAAUAGACCUCUCAAAACCAGAUAGCAAGAAUCUUCUUGUUAAAGCAUGUGAAGAAUUUGGAUUCUUUAAAGUUGUAAACCAUGGUGUUCCUAUGGAAUUUAUUAGUAAACUUGAAUUAGAAGCCAUUAAAUUCUUCUCAUCUCCUCUUAAUCAGAAAGAAAAAGCAGGUCCUGCUGAUCCUUUUGGCUAUGGCAAUAGAAAGAUUGGAACCAAUGGUGAUAUUGGUUGGGUUGAAUACAUUCUCUUGUCAACCAAUUCUGAGUUCAAUUACCAAAAAUUUGCAUCCAUUUUGGGUUUAGACCCAGAAAAUAUUCGUGCUGCUGUUAAUGAUUAUGUAUCAGCAAUGAAGAAAAUGGCUUGUGAGAUUCUUGAAAUGUUAGCAGAAGGAUUGAAGAUUUAUCCAAAGAAUGUAUUUAGUAAACUUCUAAUGGAUGAACAGAGUGACUCUGUUUUUAGGAUCAAUCACUACCCUCCUUGUCCUGAAGUUCAAGAAUUCAAUAGCAGAAAUUUGAUUGGAUUUGGUGCACACACUGACCCACAAAUCAUUUCUUUAUUAAGAUCAAAUAACACUUCUGGACUUCAAAUUUCACUUGAAGAUGGACAUUGGAUUUCUGUACCACCUGAUCAAAAUUCUUUCUUCAUCAAUGUUGGUGAUUCAUUGCAGGUAUAGCCCUCUAUUUCUUGGUGACAUCUAUUUUUUGUCUUUUCGCUCGUUGUUCGGUAUCUGUAUUGGAACCCGACUAAAUCUGAAUUCGCGCUGGGAAUGUCCAUUGGGGAUAAAGUGUUCCUCAACAAAAGCAACUCUAUACUCAGGAUUCAAACCCGAGAACUUUAUUUCUUGGUGACAUCUGUUUUUUGGUUUCUCACCCGGUGUUCGGUAUCCGCAUUGAAACCCGACUAAAUUUGAAUUCGCGCCCAAAAGCCCCAUUGGGGGUAAAUACUCCUUAACAAAAGCGACUCCAUACUUGGAAUUUAAACCCGAGACCUCUAACUAAAAAAUAAAAGAGUUAUUAUCACUCUAUCGUAACUUUUUUGGUAUUUUUUGGUGACAUUAAACAAAUAAAAGGUCCAU